AUGACCUGAGAGGGCCUGCUCCUGUAAUCGCCCUUUAAAAGGAGAGGCCAGGCUCAGGGGCUGCAGAGGCCCAGGGCGCUGGCAGGGAGGAGGCUGAGGAUGGCCACGUCCGAGGCCCUGCCCGCCGGCUUCGGGGAGCUGGAGGUGCUGGCUGUGGGGACGGUGCUGCUGUUGGAAGGGCUCUGUGGUCUCAGCCUUAACGGCCUGACUGUCGUCUCCUUCUGGAAGAGCCCGGCCCUGCGGACCCCCAACCACCUGCUCGUGCUGAGCCUGGCCCUGGCGGACAGCGGGCUCAGCCUCAACGCCCUGGUCGCCGCCGGGUCCAGCCUCCUCCGGCACUGGCCGGGCUCCGGACACUGCCAGGCUCUCGGCUUCCAGGGCUUCACGACGGCGCUGGCCAGCAUCAGCGGCACCGCGGCGCUCUCCUGGGGACGUCACCAGCAGUGCUGCACACGCGGCCGGCUGACCUGGAGCACGGCCGUGCCCCUGGUGCUCUUCGUGUGGCUGUCUUCUGCCUUCUGGGCUGCGCUGCCCCUCCUGGGCUGGGGCCGUUACGACUAUGAGCCCCUGGGGACCUGCUGCACCUUGGACUAUUCCACGGGGGACAGGAACUUCACCAGUUUCCUCUUCACCAUGGCCUUCUUCAAUUUCCUGGUGCCGCUCUUCAUCACGGUCACCUCCUGCCAGCUCAUGGAGCGACACCUGGCCCGGAGCAGCCGUCUCCAGGUGAGCGUCCGUCAGCCGGCCAGGACGCUGCUGCUCUGCUGGAGCCCCUAUGCCCUCCUGUAUCUCUACGCGGUCCUCGCCGACGCGCACACCCUGUCCCCAAGACUGCAGAUGGUGCCUGCGCUCAUUGCCAAAACAGUGCCCACGAUCAACGCCAUCAACUACUCUCUGGGCAGAGGACCUUGGCAGAGCCUCGAAAUGCAGAGGAGCAAGCAGGACUGAGUCCAGUGAGCCCCACCUCACCCUGAGCUGCUCAUCCCCCCCGGAGACACGGCAGGAGGCCGCCGGGCAGCCAGGAGGCCCAGUCCCAGCCCCAGCUGAGCCUGGCCCUCGGCUGGGCAGGAGAUUCACACAUGCAUGCAGCUGUGCGGAAGGAGGUUGGGUGACCUUGGCACAGCCACUCUCCACCCAGGCCACCUGGACCCCAAAGAUGAGAACAGGAGAGCGUGUACAUCCAGACACACAGGAAACGCUCCUGCAAACCCAGCUGUUGCUGUGAAACCCGAGUCCUCAUGGGGCCUGGAGUCUCCCACAGCAAGAGGAAAAGCUCCAGGGUCCACUUGCAGGACUACAGCCCCAGCCGCCGGCGCUCGGAACCCUGCUUAUUAAAGCAUGCUCUGGCACCAGACACUCAAGUGUCUGACCCACAUCUGUGCGCGGCCUGUGAGAUGAGGGAUGGUACCACAGCCCAAAGCAACAGGGCAGGACCUGCCUGUCACGUGCUUCCUGAGAGUCCGACGCCAGCACCCGUUGGUCGGGCCGCCUUCUGCUUGUGUAGGCCAACCCUGCGUGUCACUUAGAAACACACUUGCCAAGCUUUGAAAAUCACGAAUUACUGAACCUCCAGAUGUCAGAAGAUGAGGCCUGGCCUAGCUGCCUUCCUCCAUGGUGAUGGUGUGCAGCAUUGUCCGUGGCUCUGUCCCUGUGUCCCUGUGUCCUCUGCAGAGCCUGGGGGCCAUGGGUUGUGACACUAAUGCAGGGCAUUCACCCCUGAAACCACACAGCAGUGGCUCAGGGGUGGCAGACGCAGAGUCCUAGUGGGACCCACUCCCCAGGGGGGAGAUGGGAAGGACAGGCAGGGUGGCACAGGCCCAGGCUCCACGGGGCAUGGAGGCAGACAGGGAGCAGGAACAGGCGUUUCUGGGGCUCGGUUGGCAUGGGGGGGUGGCCAGACACAGGAGGCAGAGCCAAUGCCAUCCCAGGAGCCCAGGGCUGGAGCUGCCUAUGGGGCCUGUAGAUGCCGUGGGCCAUGCAGCAGCAGUGCCAGCCGUGGAGCGCAGGCGGGCAGGACUUGAGUGGGCCCAGCGGUGGCCAGGGAAGGGCCUCGAGCUGUGCUCACUGAGGAGGAACCUGCAAGGACUGUGACCCCCCCUCCCCAGGACUCCGGGCCAUUUCCUGGGGGAGAGACGGGCUGUGCCCAACCACCAAGGAAGCAAAUGUCAAUUAGGUGGCGCCUAAAUUAUACCCCUGCUUUCUCUUAAGGGCAAAGGGGAAAGGAAAACUUUUCCCCGGACGGAAAUAAACACAUUCAGCAGCAA